AUGAUGGUGCGACGUAGUGGACGUUACACAGUGAACUGGCGAGGAUUUAGGGACUUCGUCAGCAAUAAACCACCCGAUGACGAAAAACAGGAAGAAUUGCAACCGGAAGAAGACUUGUCAAAUCAUGAGGUGAUUUUUUUAAGAAGCAUCGUAGAAAGUCCUGAUUUUGGCAGAAAAUAUGGGUCAAUCGAUUCUGAGGAGGAUCUUAUCAUAAAACCAGUCUCUUUGGAUAAUGUAAACAUAAUAAGAUCGUUGAGUGAGUAUCGAGGCAACAACAUACGCACUAUAGAACAAGCAGAACUAGCUAUAUUAUUGUCCCGAGUACAUUUUAAGGCAUUAAUUGAUGCUCAUGAUCAAAUUGGAAAAAUCUGGUUGGAAAGAGGUUCAGGAAUAGAUGAGAAAACUGCAAAAGAAGACCAAAAAACUAUUAUAGAGUCAGAUCUCAGUCCAGACCAAAACGGAGACAUGCCAGUAGAAACAGUUAAAGUUGUAGGCCUUAGAAAAGUGCCAGGCCAACCAUUAGGAUUAACAGUAACUACAGAUGAACAUGGUCAGUUGAUAGUAGCUAGAAUCUUAGCAGGCAGUGCCGCAGCCAAACAGGCAUUGCUUAGUGUGGGAGAUGUGCUAUUAGAGGUUGAUGGUAUACAAAUAGAUACAGAAGAACAACUAAAAGAAGCUGUAUCUAAACCUAAUGAUAGAGUUACUUUGAAAGUUGGCCCUAACCUUAAAGAAAAGAAUGCUCAAUUAACUAAUAGGCUUAGCUGUUAUAUGAGAGCUCUUUUUGAUUAUAAUCCCGCUGAAGACACUUUAUUGCCGUGUAAAGAAAUAGGAUUAGAAUUUAAGAAAGGUGAUAUUUUACAAGUAUCAGACAGAAGAGACCCAAACUGGUGGCAGGCAAGCCAUGUAGAAAAGCCUGAAGUCGUAGGCCUUGUUCCAUCACCUGAACUAGAGGAGAGACGUAAAGCCUAUGUACCACCUGAAGCAGAUUUUGUUCAUAAAAUUAGUAUAUGUGGAGCCAGAAUAUCAAAGAAAAAAAAGAAGUUUGUGUAUGAGUCCCGGUCCAGUGUGCAGCUAGAAGGUGCUGAGCUGGCACUGUACGAAGAAGUUGCGCGCACACCGCCCUUCCUGCGUCGAGUGCUAGCGCUUGUGGGCACGCGCGGCGUCGGGCGACGGACCCUCAAGAAUAGGAUGAUACAAGAGCACCCUGACCGCUUCGGGACUGUUGUACCACAUACGUCUCGUCCGCCACGACCGCUGGAAGAAAACGGCACGUCGUACUGGUUCGUGACGCGCGAGGAGAUGGAGCGCGACGCGCACGCGGGACGCUUCCUCGAGUACGGCGAGCACAAUGGACACCUGUACGGCACGCACUUGGACUCUAUUAGAGCUGUCAUUAAAGAAGGGAAAAUGUGUAUACUUGACUGCGCGCCGCAGUCUCUCAAGCUUUUGCACAACAGCAGUGAGUUUCUGCCGUACGUCGUGAUGAUCGCAGCGCCCGGCAUCGAGCAGCUGCGGAACCUCACAUACGCCUCCAACAGGAAUCUUACGUUCGACCGCCAGAGCUCCAUCCGCUACAGCUCGCGGCGCGCGCGCACGCUGGAGUCGCUCGCGUCCUUGUACGAGGAGGAGGACAUGAAGCAAACGCUAGAAGAGAGCGCUCGCAUCCAGCGUCAGUACGAGAAGUACAUCGACCUGAGCAUAACGAACAACAACUCGGACACCACGCACGCGCGCCUCAUGGACGCGCUGCACGCGCUCUCCACCGACCACCAGUGGGUGCCCGUCACGUGGAUAUAC